AUGUGACAAGGCCAGGCGAUAUGGAUAAAUCCGUAAUGUAGACCUGGUGAGGUAGCAUUGAACAAUCACAUCACAAGUCAAAACGGAAUCGUGAUUCCCAUGGUGCUUGCGGUUUGAAUUGUCAGGUACAGCUCCUCUGUAUGAAAAUAAAACUUCAUGACAAUCUGCACUGGCAAGAUAAUCCUGCCUAUGCGUCUUGCUGGAUACGAACCAUACAUAUGUGUCGCUGUCAACAAAAGAGGCAUUGUCAGAAGUCCAGAAUAUAGGGAAAAGGACGGCAAGAUUAACGCGUCCCGGCAGCUGUCAGCUGCGAAACAAGGAGUCAGUAUCAACUGCUUUCCCCCUUGCCAUGGACUUCGACUCCAAGUUCAUUCAUUCUGGUUGCUGAGUCACCUUUUCUUGUGUAUGUCUUGUGCCGUCAAGUAUCUAAGCUAUAAACGUCAAUGUGUUUAAGCAGUUAACCCAAAACAAAGAGAGUCAUUCGGCUUGGAUUAGUCGAUGACGGCAUGCCGUCCUCUCGGUAGAAAAAUGCAGCGUCGGGCUUGCCGCAGCAGGGGAUCAAAACUCCUUCGCUAUUUCCUUCAAACUCGUAACUUCUCGCUUCCCCCUCCAUAACCCAGCGUCUACAUGUUUAUGAUAUGAUGUGACCCUUGAGUCGCCUCAGUACACAGAGGCUCUGGCAAACUCCCCUUUCUCCAGGACCCUAGUUCAGCAGGUUUGGUUGGCAUGGUGUGUGCAUUGAUGCCGUGCAGCGUACACCCUCAUACCACGUCGGCUGGAAUCUGACCCACCGAAUAGCAAAGGAAUUUUCCUUAUUACCGCGCUGACUUGUUCAGUCCAAACUUCCGACGAGGCCCGGGAGGGAAUUAUCCGAGGACAAGCUCGGAGCAGAAAGAGCUCGGGGGCUGAAGUGACCGUAAUUUGCUUGGAGUGGUAGCCGGAAAGACGGACGUGAAGGAACGGCCAUGGGGCGUUGUACGCCUUGCUUUCCUACACGGGGUAAACAGAUCGCACCAGGUGAUAACGAUGUCCCGGAUGAGACGACAGGUUUAACAAAGGAACAAAAAGAGCACAUUCGGAAGUCAUGGGCGGUCGUCUGCACCAUGAAGACCAAGUUCGGGGUGGAGCUCUUCGCCAAGCUAUUUACAAACUAUCCAAGCUCCCAGCAGCACUUCGCCCAGCUCAAAGACUUGAAAGAUAUUGAUGUCUUAAAGAAGAAUCCCAAGAUGCGAGCGCAUGGCUACCGGGUAGUCUCGGCCUUCUGUUCUCUGGUCGAGAACCUGGACACGCCCGACAUCUUCAUCGAGCUGCUGAAAAACACGGGCUACUCGCACAGCAUGAGGAACGUACCUCAUCACUACUUUGAGGAACUUGGACUGGUUUUUUUGGAGGUGAUGUCCGAACAGCUUGGAGACAAGUUCACACCAAAGGCCAAAGAGGCUUGGGGUUUGGCCUACGGCUUCAUGUGUAAGGUCAUCUUGGGCGCAAUGGACGAGGUGGAGAACGAGAAAUGAUGCCCUCCCGAGAUCACGCGCUUCAUGUUUCCGAAUUCUCGUCUAAACAUAGACGUGGCUCAAGUUGUUAGUCACUGAUGAGACUGGGUACAUUCCUGCACUUACAGCAGUUACUAGAAUGGAACGGCAGAUAUCGUGCCAAAUGUAGCGAUACAAAUUAUAAAAACGAAACAUUUCACAUGCUCCUAUCCCCGUUGUUGCUUUUUACAAGCAAGAGUGCGAACAGGUAUUUGAGAUCAAUCAAUGGUUCACAGGACUUUGUUAGACGAACUUGAUGGUUAUAUGAGUUUGCUUUGCAUUCACAAUUCCCAUGAAUUAAUUAACAGUUGGGCUUAAAGCUGCAACCCUCAGACCACCGACUUCAUCAACCACUAAGAACUUGACUCACGUUAAAAUCUUCCAAGAACUAAUUAUUAUAGUACACUUUCUAUAGGCCUCUGUCAUCAUUAUAUGCAAUGUGGGGAAUACUGGGUUCCCAUAGUAACCAGGGCUUGUGGGUCAAUCAAAUUGUGAGUCCCAACUCUCUAUACUAGCUGUGCUCCCAGCCUGACGGGUCAGAGGAGUUGACUCCAUGGUCCAAAUGUCUAUAUCAUAGAGAAAAUAACUCAAUAUAGCUGUAUCAUCUACAGGCAACUUUAAUUUUGAAUGCCGGUGGUGGGCCAUACUUACGUCUGAUUCAGUUUGUCGGGAGGAUGUAUAAUUUAAUAAAAUUUUCAGUAAGGUAUUUUACUCGCGGGGGAACUGAAAAUUAGAAAUGAUUUGGAUGAAAGGAGAAAUGGGUGAGUGGUUCUUAAUUAGGAUUGUUUCCGGGACGCUGUAAAGGGGUAAAUGAAACACAUGUGAAAGCCGGGUCUUUCAAUAGGUAUUUCCCUGCACGUUCGAGGUCAUCACAGACCAUGACUGCUGUGAAAUUGGUAACUGCAAAUUAGGAACAGAAUCUAACACAUCGGAAGGUUUACCGUCAUGCCCGCUCGUAAGCUCAGUAACAGCGCUCGUUCAAACAACGUGUAUUUUGUUAAUUUCACACACUCUGUAUAAUUUCAAAAAUGAUGCUGUGCAUGUUUUGGGCAAAUAAGACAAACUAAUCAUUGUGAUUGAUUGAUUGAUUGCACUGUCAUUGCACUGGAUUAAUGCUGGUAAAAUUCUAAGUACGUUUCGGACAGUGUUGAAUGGCACCUCUAAUUUAAUACAGUUGGGAAUUAAGUGAAAGAAGUCAAAAUGCUAAUCUUCAUGUGGCUUCAAACUUUAGUCGUUCGUGAACAUCCAUCCAGGCUCCUCUGCCGAAAUUAGCAGUGUAAAACAAAAGUGAUAACCACUCAUCCGACAAGGAAAACUUAAAGAAAUACAAAGAGACAGAGACUGUGCUUUUCGAACGACAGCCGCUGAUAUCCACAAAGGAUGUCAGAGGAUGAAAAGAUUUGACCUAACAAACAAAAGAUUAAACUCCUUGGUUUGCGCUUCACCUGAGGGCCCCAAUGCCAAUGUCUGCAUGUUCCUCCUUGAAACCGAUAGAGGGCGCAACAUGGGUAAGGUUAGCAUGUACUACUGUAGCAAGUCCUCAGAUUAAAAAAAGGUAAAAACAUUUCCAUUGUGGCUGUGGUUUUUAUACCAAGAUUUCACUGAAAUCGAUGUAGUUUAUAGAAUGUUUUUGUAAGGAAAUAUAAUCUCUUUUAUCAUACAAGUUAUUAAGUGUGGACUUCAAAUGUACAAUGGAUGUAAAGGUGGUGUCAUGAUUGGUAGCAACUCUGUGUAAUCACUAGGUAAUAUAUUGUUGGUUAGAGGGCUUAUUUUAUGUAGAUGUGUUUUUAAAACAUGUAAAACUAAACUUGUACCUAUACACACGUCGAUGGAAGGACUCCUGUAGCCCAGCCACGUUGUUUUAUAAAUUACAAAAGCACACACAAAUUGCUAGCACUUAAUCAUAGUAAUGAAUGUAAAUAGUGGGUAGGCCUAACUUAAUCAUGUAACUACUUUUUAUUUAAUAUUUUCCUCAUUGUCCUGAUGUAGUCGUAUUUACGUCCAAUUUCAAAGUGAUUCCCAGAUUUUCCUCGUAAUUAAAGUUCAGUGUAAAUACGGAGUAGAUUUGUAUUAAUUUGCCAUAAAAUGCGAUGACUUUGGAAGUA